UGUUUCCGGCAUUACUUCGCGGAACCCGUACCCUGUACUCCAUCUAGCACCGGCCCAAUAGCCCGCUUAUGUCCCACACGCCCUCUCUACUUCCACGAACACCUUGAUUUCUUGAACGAAAUCACUGACGAUACUCGGCGUUGAACGCUGUGAACACCUUUCAAUAGUCAUGGCCCGCUCACCAUCACUUCUGUCUUCGGAACCCACGAAUAUUGUCCACCAGCCAGUCUCCAUAGGCCAUGUACAAUUGCGAGACCUAGUCAUAUGCCCAGAGGAGAGGGGUGUCGUUGACUUCAUUCAGGGGGAAUCUAUCAUGGAACGAGACGUAACGAAUCCUGCUUCGACAUCCACAACACUUGUGGAACUUACCUUCACGCCCAACACCUUAGCCUCGCUGUCCCUCCCCGACUCCAACGAGCGUUUGAUCGCCGCAGGGGGACAACACUCAGAAUUCCACCUCUCCAUCCAUUCCAAACGGCCCUCCUUCUCGCGCAACUCCUCGUCCUCGUCCGACGACAGUUGCACCGCACACGACUCGUCACGGUUCCCACCACUCCCACGGACACGCCGACUAUGGCAAUACGACAACUCGCUUGGCGGCUCCAUCAAUAACUCCGUGCUACUCACGCAGAUGAGCUUGACACGAUCACACGAGAGCAGUGCCGAACCACGCGUAGCAGUGAGCAACAACGACUGUUCAAUCAAGUUCUACGACAUCAAUGUGCGAGGGUCUAAGGGCGUGGACGGGCCUCCGACACGGAUUAGCGAGGUCGGCACUUUGAAAUUGGACGUCGCCGUGAACCACUCUUCGAUCUCACCCGAUGGACGCACAUUGCUUUCUGUGGGCGACUCGCCACAUGUAUACCUGCACGGCCUGACGGGUGGCUCACGUAUCACGUUUACACCAUACGCGAAACUCACACUUCCUCCAUUCGACUCCUCGUACCAUUACUCGAACCCGAAUUCGAAUUGUGGCCCCGCUUCGUUCUCCACUGGCUUCUCGGCAUGCGGGACGAAGUUCGCGGUCGCAAGUCAGGAGGGUAUGGUCGCGGUGUGGGAUGUGAGGAGUACGAAACCGAUGAAGAUAUUCGAGACGGACAGGACUAGAUCGUCAGGUAGCGGAAGGACGGCCACCGGAGCUGCGAGUGGUUGGUUGUACGAAGAUUCGUGGGAUUGGUCGAACAGUUCAACGAAGGCACCCGGGUGGGGCGUGAGGAAUGUGAAAUUCAGCCCUGGAUUCGGCGGAAAGCAGCUGAUGACAUUCACCGAGCAUACGUCCCUACUCCAUGUCGUGGACGCCACCACGUUCGAGACGGAGGAGAUCGUCAAGGUUCCUACAAUUAUCAACGAACGAUCCGACGAAUCGUGUGCCAGUACACGAGCGUCAGCAAAUCGCUACUCCACAGAACAACAGGAACGUACCUCUAGUGGCCCAUGGACAAGCUCGACUCGCCUACCCCCCGUACCGCAAACGCAACCGCGCGUCUUCUACAACAGCUCUUCCGAACGUCUCUCCGCCUCUAACGCUUCGACUAUCUCACCAGCCCGAGCACAGUACUUCCGACGUUCUCGACGACGAAACCCGCCCACUGACGGGGAAAAUAACGGUGUCGUGGUCAUUCCGGCACUGGGAGACAGAGGGGCAGAGCGAGAGGUCAGGAGAGUUCUCGUACGCCAUGGUCUGCGGGCGUCAGUCGCUCCGGUGCGAGAAAGUCCUGGCCGCCAGCAAGACCGUGAAGAGGCCAUGGUUGACCCAGAAGACGACGACGAAGCUGAGAUCGAGAUCGCAGAUGCGGCGGAUUUCGAUGAGCGAGAGAUCAUUGUCGAGCGGGAUCCGAGUAGGACGAGUUCGGGGCCAUAUCAUGAGACCGAGGAUGUGGAGAUGGAGGUGGACGAGCUGGAGUCAGAUUGUUUCACUUCGCGGGCUUCCUCACCCGCGCCAUUCUCGAGUUCUGCACCUACUCCGUGGUCUGUUACGACGUCGAGAGGAGUGGUGCGGAGCCCUGCGGCCGCGAGAACGCAGGGUCAGAGCCAAAGCCAGAGGAUCAAGACGAGGGUUGCGGUCCAAGAGCAUUUGGAUCUCGCUGGGACGUGCUUUGACCCGAGUGGUAGGUGGGUUUAUGUUGCAAGUACAGGCGGCUUGGUGGAAUGGAGCGUGAAAGGAGCUGAGAAGACGUGGUGGGAUGAGGGAGCCUGGGCUUGAGGCAGUCGUCGAUCCAGGACGGGGAUCAGCAGUUGCUGGUGUAGUCCCCUCCAUGAAAGGACGACCGGGUUAUUUAUGGAGCCUGUCACAUUUCGCGACGAAACCAGACGAUGAUAGCGGCCGUUACGGAUCCAUGCGGUUGUUCGACCGUUUCCGUUUCCUAUAUCCUGUUCGCUGUUCUCCUCGCCCAGGCUAGGCUUUGUUUACGAACGUUCACGCAUUUUACGUUUAUCAUGUUCGCUCAUCUCCACCAUGCGAAUUCGCUCUUGUUGUCUCUAUGCUCACACUCCCAUGCCCAUAUCACCCAUAUUUCUACGUUUGCCUUCUUUCGAGGCAUCCGUGACCUUGCCUCAUUCUAUCACUCUGCUCUCGUUCCCUUCAGCCCUUACUUCUAAUCUCCCUUCCGAGCGCUGUCGCACACCAUCGAAUACUCGGUAUGUUGAUAUGGGGGGUGAAGAACAGGCUUAUGGACAAUCAAUUUUGCUACUUUUCUCGGAUUCUAACACCCGCUUCUUGUUAUCCCACUGCAUAUUACUCUUUGUCCGCCCUCUUGUCAGCCUCGUUAUCUAUCUUCCGAAUCAUGACAUCCGUACCGUCUUCCGCAUACCACUCCCUGUAUUGUACUCCUACUUUCCCUCUCAUCCUCACUUUCCAUCUCCAUAUCUGAAUUGGGCUUCGAGUCGUCACAAUCACCAGCACCCCUCCA